AUGGGAGAUUAUGUCAAGUCAUAUUCCAUCUCUCUGUUCCAGAAAACACAUGCAUUUCCUGAGGAGGUGUAUGCUCCUCAAAGGCGUUAUAAGCGGCAGGAGGGUGCUGGCGAGCUAUUGGAUGAAGAGUCUCGGGUUCACUCCACCCUGUUGGAGUUUGGCAGCAUCAUCUGUUCAUUUGAGUUCUUCCCAACAGAGGCUAUAUCAAGCUUUGACACCAUAAGCCAACUUUACACUGCAAAGCGAUCAGCGGAGGAUCGGCCGGAUAGAUUUGGGCCUGCACAGCUGGCAUCACUCAACAAACAAAUCAGUAAAAAAACAAAAGAGCUGGAAGAGCUGCAGGCCAAACAGAAGGAGGUCAGAACAGCAUGUGAGGAUGCUAAAAGCAAUCUAGCAGAGGCUACCGCACACACUGAGAAGCUGGAGAGAGAGCUGAGCUCUCUGGAGGAUGUGGAGUCUCAGGCCGAUUCUGGGUUGCUAGAGAAACUUCGUGCUUUGGUGACCAUGAAUGAAAACCUGAAAAACCAAGAACAGACAUUCCGCUCACACUUAUGUUACCACGACAAACUCGCACAUUAGUGCUGCGAGGAAAUGACCCAUCUGCAGCAAAGUAUUGAAGAGCUGAAGCUUGAAUCUGGAGAUGAAGGAGAUGAUAAAAAUGUGCCAAUCACAACUACAAUCACACAAUCAUACACUAUGCUUUUUAAACACUCCCUGGCUGUUGCAAAACCUAAUGGAAAAAAGAGACAGGAGAAUAAGAUGCGCAGAGAUCAGCUGAAUGAUGAGUACCUUGAGCUGCUGGAUAAACAGAGACUCUACUUUAAAACCAUCAAAGGCUUUAAAGAGGUGAAUACACUUGCUCAAUUGCUGAGCCUAAUAGAGCACAAUGCGCAGCAGUAG